AUGUUCUCGAUCUCGUUGCCGUCGCUCAAAAUCUUCUCAUUCGAGAAAGGCCAAAGCAUCGACCUGGCUCCGGUUCAGGUCCACGAGAUUGAAACCGCCCAAGAGAAGCCUGCCCGCGCGCUAAAGCAUCUUCUCAAGCUGAACCAUGCCAACCACGCCAUCUUGUGGAACAAUCGCAAAUUCCAUAAUCAUGCCCCUCAUAUUCUCUGUUCCGCAUACCUGCAGGGCGCAGAUGCGGAUGGUCUAACUCGUGUCUAUGAGACCGAGUCCAAGUUACUUGAUCCAUGGGCUGACUCGCCUGGCGAAAUUAGUACUGAUGACUGGAGAGAGUACUUGGGAUGUCGAGAAUACCAGCGUGCCUUUGUGGACUACUUUGAAGACGAGCUGGUGCGUUUCAGCUAUGACUGGAAGAAAGUGGUGUCAGAAUAUCUCUUCACCGGCAAGGAACCUAUAUUCAACGCUCUUAUCGCCGAUCUGGGCCACCCAUUAAUCCAUCUCGCAUAUGCAUUUGAAAUGUCCAGCCGCGAGUUGGCAAUGGAAGCCCUGGGUCUUACAGCAGUCUGCUACAGCGACAUCCACAAAUUCUUUGACGAUCCAGUGCUCCCCCAACUCGAAGCAUCCUACCACACAACAUCGCUUUUUGAGAUUAUAAGACGCAUCCGAGCAGACAAGCAGCUGGAUGGCCUCUUCGCUACUCCAGGCGACCACAACCUCGACACACUAUUCCGCACUCGCGAGGCCGUGCUCUUGAACCAUUGGAAUGCAUGGAAAAUCGACAAUCCCGUCGAGCAAUUCCGAGAGAGCCAGGAACUAGCCGCUGCGCUCCUGGUCGCUGCGCACGUCGACUCCGGAGAGAAAUACGAUUUCUUCCUCGUUCAUACUUUGACGACCAGUCAUGCUGUGCGGGUCUUGCUGCCGUUGAUCCCAACGCAGUUCCAGAUUCCCCUUGUCAGACAGUGGCUACUGAUGACGUUGGCGGUAUAUAUUGCACAGCUCCGGCCCGAGAUCGAUCUGGACCGGAUUCGGGAUUUUGAUUUGAAGGGAAGAGAUUGGGGAUGGGCGACUAAUCAAAGUAUCAAAGCAGAGUUUUCGACGGAUGCGCACUAUGUCAAGGCGAUCCGGGCAUUGAGAGAGUCAGCCUCUACCUGGGGUGAUCCUGAAAAGUUCUUUUUGAAAGCGGCUGUUAAAUUUUCAGAUGAGUUUAGUGGUUGGGGUGGCAGUGUUGCUUCCUUCCAAGAUGUUUCCUCCAAGUCUCCAGAUCCGAUACGUUUCGAGCCGGCUAUGUCCAUAAGACCAGGGACGCAAGAUGCAAACGUGUCCCUGCGGUUACACGCCGAGCUGCUUCCCAACAUACGUCAGAUAACACUCUACGCUUCGCUGCCACGAAUCCCUGAGCUGGAAGGGAUUCGCCCGGCGAUUCAACUCUCAGAUUCACGCAAAGAAGCCACUGUCUUUCUUCUACCUCCAUUUAAUCAUGUUUCCGAGACUAUCAAGCUGCCUGCGCGUGUCAGUGACGCGUAUCGGCGACUUGUGAAUGCCCGUACCGGAGCUGCUGUGACCCCAGUAUCCACCCAGUCCACGGAUACCAGCCAGGACUGCUCUUUUAGGAUGCAAGUUGAUUCAUCUGACGAAGCCCUAUUGUUGCCUCGAGCCGAGACCAUCGAUGACUAUGUCCCCUGGACAGCGGCCGACAUGUCACCGUCCACCCGACUCUGUUGUCAGAGGUGCGGGAAUAUGUUUCUGAAGACCAAGACGUCCUCCUCCGAGACCGGAGAAGACGUUGGCCAACCCAGGAGAUGGAUCUGGAAAGACCUCCCCAGUGGAAAUUGGGCUGAGAUGAUGGACUUUUGGCAUUGCCACAAGCCCGAUCCCCAUGAAGACGACCAGGAUGGAACGAAAGAUACUGCUCUCAAAGUAGAGGAGCAAACCGCUCAGCUCAAGGGGUACGGAGCCGCCAGUCGAGUCGUUGCAAUUCCAGGAACUGUGCUUAUUGAUGCGGCGACGUUCCUGCUUGUAGAGUCGGAUUGCAUAGGAUUGAAAAAGUUUUCCCGUUCGCUCUCUUCACUUGCCAUCUUGAUCUUGCGUCACCGUUUUAUUUUCUGGGAUUCAACCCGAUUGCUUACUCGGACCUACUUCCAGGGCAACAAAGAAGAAGCCAGUUCCGCUGCCCGGCAAUUUGACAAGAUCACCUUACAAUGUGAGAAAUGUGAUUCGACCAUAGGAGUCGAAGAUCAAACUGUCAAUGGAUGGCGACUUCUCAAGGCGUUCACGGGACUAAGUAUCAACCCCUCCCAUGGCUGGGAAUCGCACUGCGCAGACAAAAUUGUAGCGGCGCAGCUGCUCGAGUUGGUCGAAAGGGAGAGCGCCCGAAGGUUCAUCGUGCAUUGCGGCGAGAAGGAGGGACUGUUGCUUUGGGUCUUCAAUCCCGAUAUGCGGUAUUCAAAUUCCCUUAACUGUGUCAUACCACAGCAGGCCAUGAAGGUGUUGUUCCAGGAAACGGAAGAUGUGGACCGAUAUCUCAGCCCCGAACUGGGGAAGGUGACGCCUCUUUCGCUCGAGGAGCUGGAGCUGCCUUCCAAGGUCUUCACGGAUGUGCGGGAUGUUCUGAAAGAAAGGAACGAAAUGCUACCGUCCUCUACCCGGAAAUUCAACGAAUGGCAAGUGGGACUAUUACACCGCUUCAAGCGUGACAGCACUUUAUGA